CAAUCGGGAAAUCCACAAAAAUGGCCCUUCGCAUGGUGCUCGGUAAAACGUUCGGCCUCAAACAAGUGAUUCCCUGGGCCAUCUCCAGCUCCCGACAGUUACCGAACAAUGCAAUUCACACGCAACCCAUCCGGCUAUCGUCGUUCCGCUCUUCCGAGCCGGUAGGUGAUAUCGCUCAGUUCCCCGAGGUGGAAGUGGUACGUAAUCCACCCGAAUGGAAGUACGUCGAACGGAUACUGGCACCCCGUACCGUACCGCGGCCUUCACCGAAGGAAAACUAUCCUUCUGGAUGGAAACCGGCGAACCCCCAACCGGGACUCAAGUACACGGUUCUACGCACUAAGAACCACAUGUUGCCAGUGUACCUGCAACGGGCAUUCCGUGGGCAGCGUCGGCUCACCGUUAUCCGGAGAGUGGAAGGCGAUAUCUGGCUACUGGAAGCGGAGCUACGCUAUCUAAUCGAGAAGCAGCUGAACCGACCGAUCAUUACGCGUGUUAACGAGAUGACGGGUCAGAUCGCAUUUAAGGGCGACCAUGCGGCCGUGGUGGAAAAGUUUCUCUUAGAUAAAGGCCUGUAACCAUCUAUGGCCCUUGCUUCGCGGAAUAAAAUAGUUUAGCUCAUUAACCAAA